AUACUGUCCAGUCGUUGUCUUUUCCUCCUCUACUUGAACAAAACCUUUACGCAUUUAUACCUGAGGACCUCGCAAACGGAUCCCUCAUUAGAAGUUUUAAUGUCACCGACUCAGACCAUGACAACAUUAGCCUCGGUAUAUUUGAUGAGUCCACCAGAUCAACUGUUUAUCUGAACGAGACCAACCAUAGACCAGGGUUUGUAACAGGAAAUGUCUACCUCAUCAAUCCUGAAAAUAUCGACUUUGACAGGGGACAAAGUCAACUGAGACUAGCAUUUACAGCAAAUGAUGGACUUAACACGGUACUGUAUGCAUGA